AUGGCAAUCUCUGGUUCUUGCGAGCACCGCUUCAGAGUCAUCAAAUCAGACACAACGCUCAUUGUCUGGAAUUGCAGCCUGUGUCAUUCUGGCCCGCAUUGGUUCAUCUACGAGUGCACGAAGUGCAAGGUCAAGAGAUGUGAACCCUGCACACGCAAAGCAUAA